AUGAUAAAUGGUCUACUUAAAAUUUUAUAUCUGUUCAUUAUACUAACUUUAUAUCAUAUAAAGAUUGUUUUAUCAAAUGUGUUGGAUCUAAGGGACAUUUCCAGUUCAGGCUUUGAAGUAGCACAGACACAUGAAAGUGGAAUGAUAAAGACAAUAGUACUCUCAUCACCGGAUAGACAAAUAACAGAAGUUCGUCAAGGGAGAGAAUUAGUUUGGAUGGGUCAUCCAGGUGAAUCUGUUAAGUGCCUUACUCACACGACGUUUAUGCGUUAUAAAAAAGCACUCGUUACAAUGGAAAUCAACAAUCCUGUUAAACAUGAUGUGUUUUAUCUUUAUAAUUAUUUUUCUCACUAUGUAUAUACUAGUAAGGAUAUCUAUGAUGAAAAAUUUAGAAAAUAUUCUAAGCCUCCAAAGUAUUUAAAGAAACUCAUCAAACCAAAAGCCGAUAUUGAUGAUACUAAAAAUCCUAAGAAGAUUGAGAAACUCGGCAAACAUAAGGGUGUUGUUUAUGAUACUGAACCCCCUAAAAAACGUGGAAGAUCCAGUAAAAGCAAGGGUGAUAUUGAUAAUACUAAAAAACCUAAAACCCCAAGAAAACAUAAUAAGAAAAACGAUAUUGUUACAAAUAAGAAAAUCAGAGAGCGUAAGAAAAAAACUGAUGUAUCAUCUCAACCUGUUUCUAGUAUAUUAUCAAGUGAAGAAAGGGAACAGGAGGAACCUCUAGAUCUAAGUAUUAAACAAAAAUCUAAACAACCUGGAUCAACUGAAGAUCAACCAUUAAUACCUGAAAACAUUCAUAUUGAAAUUUCGGAUAGUGAGGACAUUACUGAACAGCUCGAGCCUGUUGAUCUGAGUUCUAAAUCAGGACUUCAGCCUGAAACCAUUAGAGUGGAACUGAUAUCAGAUGAUGAGAAAAUUGAAGAAUUAUCUAAAACAACUGAUCAACUGAUUGACUCAUUUGGUACAUUGAGUGAACCACUUACUCACCCUCCACCAACUGAACCUCAAAGUCGAGUAGAAAUGGAAUCAAAUAAAGAUACCCAAAUAGAAGAGCCAACUGAGGAACAAAGGAAACAACAGAGAAAAUUUUUGAUGGAGAGGUUAAGAAAUAAAAUUCAACAGAGAAUACAAGAAAAAUCUAAACAAAGUCAGGUUCAACCUGAACCAUCAAUUGACUUAUUAAACGAACCACUAUUUGACGAAGAUGUGGAGAAGUUGUUGGAAAGUGAACUUUCUUCAACUGGAUUAUCACAUACUGAACUUGACUCAAUAUUAGAGGGCGCAACAGAAGAAAAUUAA